ACCAAAAUCAACAAACAAUAACAAAAUUCACCCUAAAAACAUUUACAACAUCAAUUACUACUGUGUUCCCAGGUUAUUCAACCGUUGUCACCGACACACAAGCUGAUGGUAGUGUAGCUUCAUAUACCACUUACGUCCCACCAAGCACUGUUGUUUUAUUACAAGUAGUUACAGGUGCCGUAGCGGAUGAUGCAACUGAUGCUUUAGGAAUAAGUGGAUCUAAUACCUUAAGAAAUAGUGGUUUGUGUGGUAUUACUUUAAGUUUAAUAGCA